AUGGCUGAAGAACGCAAACCCCCAUUUCCCCCCUUUACGCUCGAAACCGCCAAGAUCAAAGUCAAAGCCGCCCAAGACGCCUGGAACACCAAGACGCCCGACACGGUCAAAAUGGCCUACACGCCCGACACCAUCUGGCGCAACCGGGACCAGUUCCUCUGCGGGCGCGACGCCGUGCGCGCCUUUCUCGCCGACAAGUGGGCGACCGAGAGCGGCUACCGGCUGCGCAAGGAGCUGUUUGCCUUUACCGACGACCGCAUCGCCGUGCAGUUCUGGUACGAGUGGCACGACGCCGCCGGCCAGUGGUGGCGCACCUACGGCCUCGAGGACUGGACCUUUGCCCCGAGCGGGCUGAUGCGCAAGCGCCAGAUGAGCGGUAACGAUGUGCGCAUCGACGAGGCGGAGCGCUGGUUCAAGGACGGCGUGGAUGUGAAUGCCGUGGAUAUUGGGGAGAAGCACUGGUAA